CUUGGAAUGUCUGCCCCGUCUGUCCACGCUGAGCCGCCGCCAGAGGUGGUGCGCGACCCCGAAGGCCUACAGUAUGAGACUGGACCGCAGCUGGGCAAGGGCGGCUUCGCCAUCUGCCACCGCGCGAAGCUGCUGGGCCAUGAGCACCUUGGCAGCAGUACAGUCGCUUUGAAGAUCGUCAGAUCCAAGAUGGAGCCGCCCAAACUGGCACAAAAGUUUGUGACUGAACUACAAAUCCACUCGAAACUAUCCCACCCCAAUAUCGUCGAGUUCUACCGCGCCUUCUCUUUCCACUCGAGCACCUACGUCGUCCUGGAGCUGUGCGAGAACGGCUCUCUCGCCGAUGCGAUCAAGAAGCGCAAAUACUUUACCAUGCCGGAGAUUCGUCGAUUCAUGGUCCAGACAUGUGGUGCUAUCAAGUACCUGCACCAGCGAAACAUCGUGCACCGUGACCUCAAGACUGGCAACCUCUUCCUCGACAAGGAUAUGAACGUCAAGGUCGGCGACUUUGGCCUUGCCGCCCUGCUCCUUUCCCAGAACGACUACGGUGCGAUUCGACGAACAACCAUGUGCGGAACACCGAACUAUCUCGCGCCCGAGGUUCUCGAGAAGACAGGCAAGGGUCACGACGAGAAGGUCGAUCUGUGGGCAAUUGGCAUUAUGAUGUACACACUUGCCGUAGGCCGGGCGCCUUUCCACGCAGCGAAACGUGAAGACAUCUACCGAAAACUGAAGGCGCGCGAAUACUCCUGGCCAGACCCAGCGAAGUGCGCAAACGAGAUCACAGACGACUUGCGCGACAUCGUAUCGCUGCUGCUCGUACACGAGGACGACAGACCUACACCUGAUCAGAUUGUAGCGCACCCAUUUUUCAAGCUGGGAAUGAUCCCAUUGGAGCUGGACAGCGGAUGCACUUCGAAGAUCCCAAGGUGGCCGAAGGAGCGCGCGCCCUCGGCUUCGACCAUGAGACGAGGAUACACUGAAGAGUGGUGGACAUUAUGCAAGGCCUCAGCGGUUGGCGAGUACGAGCCAGGGAAGGCAUUCGGCGCAUACGGGAGCAGAAGGAACAAGACGGUCGCUCGUGACUGCCAAAAAGAGAUUGAAGCUGGCAAGCAACCCAAUAUACCUUUCAGCAAAGAUGUCGUAUACGUGCCAUUUCCUGCACGAGUACAAUGGCCACACCAAGCUGCGCCCGGAGGACUGAGCGAGAUAUCGGAGGAGAAGGAAUCAUCGCAAGAGGGCCAGGCGCUGGUAGAGACUUCUGGGAACGAUCGGUUGAAAGGACGCCUCCCUCGUGUCAGGAGAGAAAUGCCACCGCCGGCACUCAAAGAGAACGAGCCAGUAGCACCACAGGAGCCAAUCUCAUCGACAGAGCCGGAGCCUGCUCGGAGGAUACUGGACAAGCAGCCCACAAGGUUACGGGCGGUCCGCAAGAUUUCGAGCUCUGCCCCAGUCAGUGCGGCCACAGCACCUGUACCUGCACCAUUGCGCGUACCAAGAGAGACCAGGCCAACGACACGGGCACGCGCUGCAAAGGAGGGAGCGAAGAAACCGUCGCAAGAGACGGAGACCGGACUCCCUGAUCUCCCACCUCUUCGCGCGACGAAGACCACCGUCCGAGUGACCGAGAAGCCGGAACCCACGCCCCAAUUCAUGACUUCCACACGAAGCACGAAGCUUUCAACGUCGACUCGGAGCGAGCCAAAGUUCCGUGCUGUCAGUGCCGAGUUAUCUGCCACAGAUCCUGUUACGGUGCUAGCGCGUCUGUACACAUUCCGGGAUAAUCUUGCACGAGCGCUUGAGAAGAAGCCCUCGAAAUCCAGGAGAGAACAGCCUCCCCAGCUGCCGUUUGUGACAAAGUGGGUCGAUUAUUCGCGGAGAUAUGGAGUCGGCUAUGUCUUGGAUGACGGUAGCAUUGGAACCCUCCUCACAGCGGACGAACAGAAUCUAGUCACAGCUGCGAUCGCUACAGACGGAUACAACUACCUGAAGAAGAACGGGAGAAAUCGAGAGGCCGCGAAGAGUGUCCCUCUUGACUACUACACGACCGUCAAGAAGGACAGGGGCCUCUCCCAGAUCGAGAUUCAAGACCGCAGACGCACCGAGGAGAUUCGAACGGUAUGGCACAAGUUUGGAAAGUACAUGUGCGCGACUUUUGGCGACGAAGAGCUGGUGGUGAAGGAAGGUCCGAAACAGUCAAACUUCGUCAAGUUCUACCAGCGACUCGGCAACGUCGGUAUCUGGGGGUUUGACGAUGGGUCUUUCCAGUUCAACUUUCCAGAUCACACGAAGCUCGUCCUGUCCUCAGAUGGUGGAUAUGCUACUUUCCUCUGCCUACCAUAUGAAGCGACAGCACUCCUCGAAGCGACUGGCAACGUACCUUGGAGACAUGUCAGGGCGCGCGAGACCCUCAAGGGAUCCCUUCAGCAGCUGCUGUACGGCUCUGCGGACAAGACCGAUGGGUACAAGGAGGUCACACAAGGCAACCACCUUCGAGAGAAGAUUGAAUUCAUCUACGCAGUCGUCGAAGAAUGGGCGGUAACCAAGCGCGCCGGGCGCAAGAAGGACGCUGGCGCCGCCGGAGCUGCUCGUCCUGGGCAGCAGAAGGCCCAAUUCGCAACCAAAGCCGUCUUCGAGACCACCAAGAAGAAGGAGGUGGGAGUCUCAGAUCUGACGCUGAUCAGCAAGAUCUCGAAUGAGGCCAUCAACGACAACCUGAAGAAGCGCUUCGAGAAUGGCGAAAUCUACACAUACAUUGGACACGUGCUGGUGUCUGUCAACCCGUUUCGAGACUUGGGCAUCUACACCGAACAGGUCCUGGACAGCUACAAGGGCAAGAACAGGCUGGAGGUGCCGCCGCACGUGUUCGCAAUCGCCGAAUCCGCCUACUACAACAUGAACGCCUACAAGGAGAACCAGUGUGUCAUCAUCUCUGGUGAAUCUGGAGCAGGAAAGACAGAAGCUGCGAAGCGGCUUAUGCAGUACAUUGCGAACGUUUCUGGCGGAAAGAACUCGUCGAUCCAGGAGAUGAUGGACAUGGUGCUGGCCACAAAUCCGUUGCUCGAAUCGUUCGGAAACGCGAAGACGCUGAGAAACAACAACUCGUCGCGAUUCGGGAAAUACCUCGAAAUCCACUUCAACGCUCAGGGCGAGCCCGUCGGAGCGAACAUCAACAACUACCUGCUCGAGAAGACGCGUGUGGUUGGCCAGAUCACGAAUGAGCGCAACUUCCACAUCUUCUACCAGUUCGCGAAAGCGGCUUCACCGCACUACAGGGAAAUCUUCGGCCUACAACAGCCACAAUCAUACCUCUACACAAGUCGAUCGAAAUGCUAUGACGUACCGAACAUCGACGAUCACGCCGAGUUCCAGGAUACGCUGAACGCUAUGAAGGUCAUUGGUUUGCAGCAAGCAGAGCAGGAUAACAUUUUCCGGAUGCUGUCUGCGAUUCUGUGGCUCGGAAACGUGUCGUUCGUGGAGGAUGACCAAGGCAACGCUGCGAUCGCAGAUCAAUCCGUAGUCGAUUUCGUGGCCUACCUCCUGGAAGUCGAAUCUGCGCAUGUCAACAAAGCUCUCACGAUCCGGAUAAUGGAGACAAGUCGUGGUGGACGUAGGGGCUCUGUUUACGACGUGCCCCUGAACCCAGCUCAGGCCUCCUCGGUGCGAGACGCUCUUUCCAAAGCGAUCUAUUUCAAUCUGUUCGACUGGAUUGUCGAGCGCGUGAACCAGUCGCUCAAGGCGCGAAGUGCCUCAGCCUACUCCAUCGGUAUUCUGGAUAUCUACGGAUUCGAGAUCUUCGAGAAGAACAGUUUCGAGCAGCUGUGCAUCAACUACGUCAACGAGAAGCUCCAGCAGAUUUUCAUUCAGCUGACGUUGAAAGCGGAGCAAGAAGAGUACGAGCGAGAACAGAUCAAGUGGACGCCUAUCAAGUACUUCGACAACAAGGUUGUGUGUGAGUUGAUUGAGGAGAAGCGACCACCGGGUGUUUUCGCGGCAUUGAACGAUGCUUGUGCCACAGCUCACGCCGAUCCUGGGGCUGCAGACCAGACAUUUGUGCAGAGACUGAAUGCGCUUUCAUCGAACCCCAAUUUUUCGCCCCGUCAAGGACAGUUCGUCAUCAAGCAUUACGCCGGAGAAGUGGCUUAUGCGGUAGAUGGCAUGACCGACAAGAACAAGGAUCAGCUCCUGAAGGACUUGCUCAACCUCUUAGGCCAGAGCUCCAACACCUUCGUCCACACACUGUUCCCCAACCAGGUCGAUCAGGACAACAGGCGACGACCACCCACGGCUGGAGACAAGAUCAAGGUAUCGGCAAACGAUCUCGUUACCACGCUCAUGCAAGCUCGACCGUCCUAUAUCCGUACCAUUAAGCCGAACGAGAACAAGUCGCCGAAGGAGUUCAACGAAGCAAACGUAUUGCAUCAAGUAAAGUACCUUGGUCUGCAAGAGAACGUCCGUAUUCGCCGAGCCGGUUUCGCAUCUCGUCAAACUUUCGACAAGUUCGUGGAACGGUUCUUCUUGCUCUCGCCCAAGUGCUCGUACGCUGGAGAGUACACGUGGACCGGAAGCUACGAACAAGGUGCUAAGCAGAUCUUGAAGGAUACCAACAUCCCAACCGAGGAGUUCCAGAUGGGUGUAACAAAAGUCUUCAUCAAGACACCGGAGACACUGUUUGCUUUGGAGACGAUGCGCGAUCGUUACUGGCACAACAUGGCUAUUCGCAUCCAACGAGCCUGGAGGAAUUACCUGAGCUACCGCAUCGAAUGCGCCACACGGAUACAGCGGUUCUGGCGCAAGCUCAACGGUGGCAAAGAGUUCAUUGAGUGGCGCGACCAAGGACACAAGGUCCUUGCAGGUCGCAAGGAGAGGCGCAGAUACAGUUUGGUCGGCUCUCGCAGGUUCAUGGGUGACUAUCUUGGUAUCGCGAACAGGGGUGGUCCAGGUGAAGUGAUCGCUCAGGCCAUUGGAAUCUCCAGCAACGAGGAGGUACCCUUCUCGUGUAGAGCAGAGACGCUCGUCUCUAAGCUUGGUCGUUCGAGUAAGCCGGAAGCCCGCAUGCUCAUUCUGACCAAGAGGAACGUGUACAUUGUCAAGCAGGUGCUUGUCAACGGACAAGUCCAGAUCCAAGCUGAGAGGACAAUACCCGUUGGCGCUAUCAAGUUCAUCAGCGCGUCGAAACUUCAGGACGAUUGGUUCUCGAUUGGCGCAGGUUCACCGAACGAGCCUGAUCCGCUCGUGAACUGCGUGUUCAAGACAGAAUUCUUCACCCACCUAACGAACGUUCUGCGAGGUUCUUUAAAUCUCCAGAUCGCAGACACAAUCAACUACAACAAGAAGCCUGGUAAGCCCGCACAAGUCAAGGUGGUCAAAGACCCUGGUGCGUCGAUCGACUCGUACAAGAGUGGAACAAUCCACACAGGACAGGGUGAAUCGCCAAGCUCUGUCUCAAAGCCUACACCAAAGGGCAAGCAAGUUGCUGCCAAGCCUAUUACGAAGGGAAAGCUUCUGCGGCCCGGCGGUCCAGGAGGAGGCCCAUCCAAGCUCGCCAGCCGCCCUGCGCAACCGCGACCUGUACCCGCUCCUGCCGCUGCUCAGUCACGAGCAGUGCCUCCUGCGCCCAUGCCAGCUGCAGUACAACCACGACCCCUACCUUCCGCUAUACCUGCUGCCUCCACACCUCAACCAAGACCCGUACCGCAGCCCGUUGCAGCCCUCAAUGGAUCAGCAAAUCACUCAAGGUCAUCGUCAGCAUCACGAGCACCUCCUCCGCCUCCACCCCCUCCCGCCGCACCUGCCGCACCCAAGGAGCCUACGUUCAAGGCCCUUUACGACUUCGCUGGCCAGUCAGCUGGUGAGCUAAGUCUGCGCAAGGAUGAAAUCAUCCUCGUCACCCAAAAAGAAAACAACGGUUGGUGGCUAGCAUCCCGCCUCGACAAAUCCGCCUCAGGCUGGGCACCCAGCGCCUAUCUCGAGGAGCAUGUCGUCAAGACCGCGCCCCCACCACCACCACCCGCGCCGCCCGCGCGCCCCGCAAACGGCAAGCCGAAACCGCCUGCGCCGCCUGCCAAGCGCCCUGCGGCGCGCAAAUCCGCGCCUGAUAGUAGGGAUAGUGGGUACUCGGGGAGCGCGAGUGAGACGGGGGCGAGGGAUAGUAGUGGGAGUAUUGCAGGCGGUUUGGCGGAGGCGUUGAGGGCGAGGCAGCAGGCUAUGCAGGGAAGGAGGGGGGAUGAGGAUUGGUAGAGAUAGAUGGCGUUUGAGAGGGAAUGGUGUGACAGCUGUUAUGUGGAUGGAUACGAACUCAGAUGGGAGUAGGAUGAUAUUGAAAUUUGAACAUUGAACAAGUACAGCAACAAGCUCCCGAAAUAUG